AAUUAGAAAAUGGUGCUCCAAAAGUAGAAAUUCCCCGGCUCCCGCACCACGCACGUUUUCCUUGUUUCUGGCUUUGGGGCUUAAAAUUCCAACGCACCACUUCUCUUGUUGUUGUACACUUGUACGGCAGGCUUUUACCGGCGGAGGCCACUGCUCUACUCCCUCUUUACUUAUACCUUUGCUCCCCUUUCUCAAAAUGUAGGGAAAGAAAUAAUCACUUUGCAAAAAACCAUGAAUUAGAAGAAUAAAAAGAAAAAACAUGAAAACUCUACCUCUCCAGAUGCUAGUGGUUCAAUGGAGAACCGGGUAAUGCAUCUCCUCACUCCAUUAUUUGGUGGAUUUUUCAUAUGCAAGUUUCCCUGCUAAAAAGUACUCCUGGGCUCCCCGUUAUUUUCACAACAUACUUAAAAAUCAUUACGGUCGGCGGCUCUUCACUUUGAAAAUGCAACUUCCCCGAAGGAGCAUACUGAAGAUGGGGUCCAAUUUCCUUGUUCAUCUCAACCUGCUUGUGAAAAGUCCCCUUUGAUCCUAAAAUCCUGCAGUCUCAACCAGUUGCCUCCACCACUCAUCCCAGGCCAGUGUCAUCAACCGCAGAAUCAGCAACAAACUUGCACUAUGCAGCAGUUCCAACAGGAACAACCAAUGCCCCCGUUUACACAACUCAACAUGCCAUCCUGGAUUCCCCUGCUCCCUGGUCAACAUUUGCCGGGUGCCAGUCUGCCAGCUCUCUAUCAGCCUGUCCCUCCUCCUGCAGGAACGCCUGGCAUUACCGGGGGCGGACCUGGUUAUGGAGCAACUCUAAGAAGCCAGCAGCAGAGUCCUAGCUAUUGUUACCAUGUUGGCUACCCAUAUCCAGGCUUUCCAGGCCCUUGGGAUCCUUCAUCUUGGUUGAGCCUUCCACAACAUCUACUACCUCCUCAUAGCAGUGCCUUCCCUGGACACUGUCCUUAUUUCUCUCCAAUUCAGCCACCAAUACCCGGUUCUUCAUCGGCUUCCACCACAUCAAACCAGGGAAGUACGAUGAGACCAACCGCAAAACUCUCUCUGAUACACCAGCAACCAUGGGAAGCUCAACCUUUGGAGAAUGUUCACCUACGGAAGAUUGUUGGUGAGUUGCAAUCUGAACUGGCAGAUUGUAAGGGCCGGUUAACAAAGCUUGAGGAAGACGUAUUGUGCCUAAAACCUGUUGUAAAAGAGGGAACAACUACUGCAACUGGGGUUUCUUCAGGUGCAAAGACUUCAAAGAGAGGAAGGCUGGAGAAACUGGUAACCCCAGAUGGAAGGUUGCCAUCAACAGAUACUUCAUGCCCUCGAAUUUGGAAUAGGAAGUCUGGACUACUUGAAACUCUUUGUCAGACUGAAAAACUACACUAUGAGAAAGUGAUUUUAAAAAAAGUGGAAAAUGAGCCUUCUGUGCAGUAUACAAACGAUGGAAAGGUUAAAAUUCCUUUCAUCAAUUCUAGUGGCAGUCUUGAGAUUCCAUGUAGCAGCGGAUUAUGCGACACCAUUUCCGAUCAUCAUUCUGCAGUCCUAAUUAGCAAGGCUUCCAUCAAGCCUGAGUUGAAGAAUUAUGACACUGGGGGCUCCACUUCUUUUACAAAUUCAUCUCAGAAUGUUUAUAGGACUGGAGAAAGUAAUUCUUCUGGAAACUUUGUGGAGAUGACCUGUAAUGCAAAUUUGCUCUGGACAUCAACUACCUCCCCUGAAGAAUGUGGAAAAGAUUUGCUGGAUUUUACAGCUCAAAUAUCCCAUAACAACAUGAAUAUUCUAGAACAGGAAAGCAAAGCUGUCGUUGGCUGGAACUUUGGGAACAAAGAGGAUGGAUCGGUUGUUCAAACUGUGGAAGCUGAAUUAGUUGAUGAUGAAAAAACAAGAACCGGAGAAUGACAAGAGCUCGGGGGCAGAAGAUAAUGCUUGACCAGUGAAAGGUCCUUGAAAUUUGACAAUGUUGGACAUACUUGUGCGAAAAUUUUGCAUCCAUUUGAAGAACUACUGAUAGAAUUGAGUUUAAAUUUAACCUGUAUGUUUUGUGCCUUAUUAGCAACUCGAUCUUGUGAAGGUAAGCAUCCGUGUAAACACAGCCGCAUGUCAAACGGAGAAGAUACCCAUUUGAGCCGGUAAUUAGUCCCCUCCAAGUUCUUCUUGGAUAUCUUUA